UCGUUCUCUAUUGCCACAACCAAAAUGUUCAGAGCAUUGGUAUUCAUCGCUGUUGUAGCUUUUGCAGCUGCUGGUGACCUUAAUUUAUCUGACAAGUGCUUGGGAUGUCUCUGCGAAGCCGCAACCGGAUGUAAUGUUAAUACAUGUCAAGGAUCGAUCUGUGGGCCGUUCAGCUUGACCUGGGCCUACUGGUCGGACGCUGGUAGUGUUGGCGGUGACUUCGGUAAAUGCGCCACCGAUUAUAAGUGUGCAGGAGACUCCGUAAAGAACUACAUGGCCAAGCACCAACAAGACUGCAACGGUGAUGGUAAGAUUGACUGUGACGAUUUCUUCCGCAUUCAUUUUCUUGGAGCUUACGGGUGCCGUAACAGUAUCCAAGAAAUUCCUCACGCUAUGCGCUACAGCCAAUGCAAAGCUAGAGUAGGAGGCUUCUUGUAAAUGUCAUGCAGGUAUAAAUAAAGGAAUGAGGCAUG